CUACGCGAUGUGGAGCAAUCGCUGCUCGAUUUUGAUCCUGGCGCUGCUGGUCGCCAGCACUGCGCGAAAAGUAUCCGGUAGAUUGCCGAGAAUCCUGCCGGAAUCCUUUGCCCAAGGCGAUGAAGGUGUGAUAGUGCGCGGAGAUUGUGAAUUUAAGGUGAACGGUGACCUCAACGACCCCGCUCCUCUGUUUUCGCGACACAAUUCCUACGAAAUUAUUGUACCAGAUCCCACCGAUACAGUGCGUCUGGUUAAUGGCGAACUUUUGGAUAUGUUCUGCCCUGGAGUGGGAUUUGCGGCCCCAUUUGCAAAUCGGUCGCAGGUGACGGCUACGUGUCUGCAGAAUAAAUACUUUCUGGUCGAUGAUCUCAUCUAUCCGUUUGCCAACUUCUCUUGCACCAGCUGGCCCACCUUCACUGCCCUUCGAACGGGAAAGGAUUGUAACGGAGGCACAGAUCUCGUCCAGGUGGGAUUCGAAGUGGAGGAUGGCGGUUUCCUGCAGUCCUACGAACUUUGUCACGACGCCGAGGCGGAAGCAACGCGAUAUGUUCAUCAUGUGCUCUACCCAUCCAGCUACGAUUAUCAGCACGGAGUGGCGAGACCCAGCUUUAUAGAACUUGACUUUUAUGGAGGAAGAGAUGUGAACACCAAGUACACCCAGGUUCAGCAGAAUAUCACCAUCAGCAAUAUUCUUGGAUUGGAUGCCUCGCCCUAUUUCAACUAUAGUGAUGAUCGCAUCCUGGCUCGAGGACAUAUGAUUGCCAAAACCGAUCAGAUCUUUGGUGCGGCCCAGCAUUCCACAUUCCUGUUCAUCAAUGUGGCUCCUCAGUGGCAGACCUUCAAUGGAGGCAACUGGGAGAAAGUGGAGACAAGUGUUCGGAAGUUUGUGGCCGAUCGCAAUAUUACUACUGAUUGUUAUACCGGAACCUGGGGUGUUUCAACACUACCCGAUGUGGAUGGAGUCGAAAGGGAGCUUUACCUCGACUUUGAUGAGAACAACAAUGGUUUGAUCCCCGUCCCCAAGAUGUAUUAUCGCGUGAUCAUCGAUCGGCUGAGUCGCGAAGGCAUAGUAAUUAUUGGCAUUAACAGUCCUUAUUUAACUCUGGAGCAAAUACUGAAGGACUACAUCCUGUGCAAGGAUAUUGGUCAUCAGCUGAGCUGGCUGACUUGGAAAAAGGAAGAUCUCCACGAAGGUUACUCGUAUGCUUGCACCGUGGAGGACUUUAUCGAAGUGGUCAAGGACUUGCCUUUGGAAGAUCUAUACACAAGUGGAGUUCUUGGACUAGAUGAUGUGACUACUGUUGAGCCUUCUAGUACAACGGAUACAUCGACUACAACUACUGUGGAGCCGACUUCGACUACAGUUUCUUCUACUACGGAAGAACCGAGCUCAUCUACUGCUUCACCCACCACGGAACCACCUUCAUCCACAGUCUCUACCACACCAGAACCGAGCUCUUCCACUGUCACACCCACUGUUGAACCAAGUUCUUCUACUGUUACAUCCACUGUAGAGCCAAGUUCUUCUACUGUUACAUCCACUGUAGAGCCUAGUUCCUCUACUGUUACAUCCACUGUAGAGCCAAGUUCUUCUACUGUUACAUCCACUGUAGAACCAAGUUCUUCUACCACUUUGGAACCAAGUUCAACUACUACCUCAUCCACUGUGGCACCUAGUUCAACCACUGUGGAACCCAGCUCAUCCACUGUAGAACCCUCUUCAUCUUCUUCAGUGUCCCCUACGACAUCAAGUCCCCCCGUCACCACUCCCACUCCCAUCGUAAGCCCCUGCAAGUUUAGUAUAAAUGGUGAUCUCAAGGACCCUGCUCCACUACUGACACCACAAGGAGCUCUCAGCUGGCUUGUGCCCGAUGAAAGUGGUAAUUACACAGUCGAAGAAGGAUCCUCCAUCGAUCUGCAUUGUACUGGAGCUCUGGUAUCGCCUUUCAAUAAAUAUACCGCACUGACGGCUCGUUGUGUGGGUGAUCAGUUGUACGAGGCUGAAGGACAGCAGGUCAAGAUUCGAGAAUUCGUCUGCCAGAGUUGGCCCACCUAUGUGGCCUUGCGAACGGGAUUAACCUGCCCGGGUGGCACGGAUCAGGUGCAGAUUGGAUUCGAUGUGGCCGCCGGUUAUCUUACCCAUGUGGAACUUUGCUAUGAUCAGCAGGAGCAGAUCUCCAGAUAUGCUCGCUAUGAACUGACGCCUGCUAAUGUGGCCUAUCAGCGGGGAGUUGCUCAACCUGGUUAUCUCCGAGGUGACUUCUACACUGGUGAAGAUGUCAACGUUCUGUAUGGUCAAUCGCAUCAGCUGCAGGCAUUUAAUACUGCUCUCGGCUUGGAUGCCAGUCAAUAUUUCGACAGCACAAAGGAUCUCUACUUAACCCGAGGACAGUUGGCAGCUCGUCUUGAUUUUGUCCACAGUUCCGCCCAGAGAGCAACCCACUUCUAUGUGAAUGCAGUUCCUCAGUGGAGGAGCAGCAAUAUUGGUAAUUGGCUGGCCGUGGAGACCAGUUUGCGGCAAUUUGUGGCAGAUGAGGCCCUCAAUGUGAGUGUCCAUGCUGGCAGCUAUGACAUUUCAACUCUACCCAACUCCCAAGGUGUUCAGACACCUCUCUACCUGAAUGCCGAAACCAAACAGCUGCCUGUUCCCAAGUUAUUUUAUCGCAUAGCUAUCGAUGUGGAAAGUCGCAAGGGUAUUGUUUUAAUAGUGGUCAACAAUCCGCAUAUAACUCUGGCGGAGACUUUGCAGGACUAUGUGAUCUGUGAGGAUGUGGGUGCGCAGUUGGAUUGGAUUGACUGGGACAAAACAAACCUGCAAAAGGGUUACUCCUAUGCCUGCUCUGUGGAAAGUUUUACGCAGGUGGUGAAGGACCUGCCCACGGAUCAACUACAGACUACUGGAAUACUUGGUUUGAGUGGUCAGGUCUUGGAAAAUGAGCUGUGCACCUUUCAAGUAAACGGAGAUCUCAAGGAUCCAGCUCCAUUAUUUGUGAUAAGAAGUGAGCUAGGGCAAGCGAGAUAUUUGGAACCGGAUCACGAAGGAUAUGUGCAGUUGAAACAUGGGGAGUCCUUGGAGUUCCAUUGCACCAAAUCCUUCACUGGAUUAUUCUCCGGUUACACUUUCCUGAAUUCCACUUGCUGGCAACAGCAGAGUUUCCUGACCCUGGGCAGUUUGUAUCAGCUGCAGGACUUUGUUUGCACGUCCUGGCCAACUUACACAGCUCGUAGGACCUCUCGUCCUUGCAACGGGGGUACCGAUCUCCUGGAAGUGGGAUUCCAGCUCUCAUCCUCCUCCUCCUCCGAUGACUUCCUGCAGACCUACGAUGUGUGCCACAAUGAACUGACCGAGGUCACCCGCUAUGUGCAUCAUGUUUUGCAUCCGGGAAGUGCCCAAUAUCAGCGAUCUGUUUCACGACCGACCUUUAUUCCCGGAGACUUUUACGGCGGCAAGGAUGUGAAUACGCUGUAUACGCAGGUCCAGCAGAAUAUCACGGUAUCGAAGAUCCUGGGCAUGGAUGCCUCGCCCUACUUUAAUAUCAGUGGAAAUGUGUACCUGGCUCGAGGACAUCUCUCCGCUAAAACCGACUUUGUCUUUGGGUCACCUCAACGGGCCUCGUUCUUCUUUGUGAAUGUGGGUCCCCAGUGGCAGACCUUCAACGGAGGCAAUUGGGAACGGGUUGAGGAUAGUGUGAGGAAGUUCGUGGCUGAUGAAAACAUCACAGUGGAUUGCUAUACGGGCACCUGGGGUGUAUCCACCCUUCCCGAUGUGGAUGGCAUCGAAAAGGAGCUCUAUCUGGACUUUGAUGAAAACAAUAAUGGUUUGAUCCCAGUGCCCAAAUUGUACUUCCGCGUGGUUAUUGAUCGCGAAAGCAAAAAGGGUAUCGUUCUGAUUGGAGUCAAUAAUCCACAUGUCGAUCUGGAGCAAAUUGAACGGGAGUACAUCAUCUGCAAGGAUAUUGGCGACCAAUUGAGUUGGGUCAGUUGGACUAAGGAGGAUCUGAAGAAGGGCUACUCCUAUGCCUGCACUGUGGAUGACUUUAUUUCUGUGGUUAAGGACCUGCCAUUGGAGGACCUUCAAGUUGAAGGUGUACUAGGCAUUCAAGACUAGAUUUUGUAGGUAAAACCAAACGAAUUUCUUAAUUUAAAACCAAUAAAAAAAUAUUAUAUUACCUAA